AACAGUUAUUUCUGCUGAACGUAGCCAUUGAAACGCAGCCGUUGAAUCAAUAACGAUCAUUGACGCCACGACGAUUUACAUGGUCGCCAUUCGCAUACAGAACCUGAAAAGUACAGGGUGUUAAUAAUAAUAUAAAUAUCUAAUUCCUUAUAAAGAUGGCAGACUCCGAUGAUGAAUAUGAUAGGAAAAGACGUGACAAGUUCAGAGGCGAAAGGACAGAAUCAUAUUCACGAGAAGGACGCAGAGAUGAUCGUAGACGUGAUGAUUGGGUUGACAGAGAUUGGUCCAGUCGUCCUAGACAAUGUCCUGAUUAUCGUGAUUCUUAUAGAGAUUGGUCCAGUCGUCCUAGACAACGUCCUGAUUAUCGUGAUUACCGAGGUGGAGGCAGUGGAGGACGUGAUCGUUAUAGUCCUGCAAGAUCUCAAGAAAUGGCCCCACCCAUGAAGAGAAUGCGAUUUGAUUGGGAUGACAGACCACGAUAUGGACAUGAUUAUUAUGGUAGCCGAGGUGAUGGUAGUAGUGGUGGAGGUGGGACAAGUUCCUGGAGUCCAGAUCAUUAUACACCUCCUCACCAUAGUAACCAUCACUAUGGCAACCAUAGUAACAGUAGCAGUCGGGAAGUAGCUGGAAAUUUUAGUAAUUCAAAUGUUGAGACCCAACCACAAAUGAUGUCAUUCAAAGCAUUUCUUGGCACCCAAGAAGACACUAUUACUGAUGAAGAGGCCAUUAAACGAUACAACGAAUACAAAUCGGAAUUCAGGAGACAGCAGAUGAAUGAAUUUUUUGUUGCCCACAAAGAUGAAGAAUGGUUCAAAAUAAAAUAUCAUCCUGAAGAAUCAGUGAAGAGGAAAGAUGAACAAGUGUCAGCUCUUAAGAAACGGGUGGAGGUUUUUCUGGAGAUGCUAAAAUUGGGUGAAAUAGACAAAGUAUCUGUUGAUGCUGAUCAAGCGGAUGCUUUGCUUCGUCUCUUGGAUGCAGUAGUUAUUAAACUGGAAGGAGGUACAGAGGAAGAUUUGCAAAUCUUGGAUGUUAAACCACCCAAGCUUACAAUAACUAAAGAUAUUUCGAAGGAGAAAGGAGAAAAUAAGAGUAAAUCUGUUGUUGAAAAGAAAUACGAGAAAAGUAACGAAAAUAAAAUGGAUGAUAUACAAGUUGAAAAAGCCUUUAAAAAUUGUGAGAAUAUCAACAUGGAAGUCCCUAAUUCGGAAAUAAACAAAAAUGCAAUACUUGAUUCUGCCAAAAUAAAGGAAAACGACGAAUAUAAAGACGUUGAAGAGAUUGCUAAUGACAAGUCACUGCCUUAUGAGGUCCUCCCGACGUUGGCAAUCACUUUGGCGAAUAGUGCACGGUCUUCGGCUAGUCUGAACAGUUGUUCAGCACUGUGUAUUCUAGUCCACCUCCGUAUACUCCUUAGUCAAGCAGAAAAAUCAGAAACAACAAGGAAACGGAAACGUACUGAUAGUAACAGUAGCUGUAGUAGCAGUAGCAGCAGUAGUUCUUCUGGCAGUGACAGCAAUAAGCCAGAUACACCAAAACCAGAAACUCCUAUUAAUGAGAAAAUGGAAGUUGAUAAUGAAGAAGCCAACAAAAGAAAUAUUAAAGAAGAGAAUCGGGAAAGAAAAUUGGAAUCAGAAACUGCAGAUAGCAAAAAGUCAACGAUUGAACCGGAAGCGGUGAUUGAUUUAGCUAGUGAAGAUAAAGAGAAGGAGCCCAGAGCUUUGCAUAAAACUAGCAGCAUUUUUCUUCGUAAUUUAGCACCUACUAUUACUAAAGCGGAAGUUGAAGCGAUGUGCAAACGAUUCCCCGGUUUCUUACGCGUAGCUAUAGCAGAUCCACAACCAGAAAGGCGAUGGUUCCGCCGUGGUUGGGUUUCAUUCGAGAGACAAGUGAACAUUAAGGAAAUUUGUUGGAGUUUAAAUAAUAUACGACUCCGUGAUUGUGAACUUGGUGCUAUAGUCAACAGAGAUUUGUCUCGACGUAUUCGAGCAGUAAAUGGUUUAACCUCGCACAAACAGAUUGUUAGACAUGAUAUUAAGCUUAGUGCUAAGAUCGUUCAUAAUUUAGAUAAUAGAGUGGGUUUAUGGAAUGGAGAGAAGAAAGAUGAAGUGAAGCAAGAAGACGAUAAAGAAAAUAAGACCACUGAAAGUAAUCACGAGGUCGAACAAGCUGCUUUUGGAUUGUCGUCUAAAAAUCCAGUAUUAAAAAAUAUAACGGAUUAUUUAAUAGAAGAAGCUUCAGCUGAAGAGGAAGAAUUAUUGGGUAUGUCAGGAGACCAAGAAGAAGGUCAACUAGGUGACGGAGAUAGUCAAAUCGAAAGAGAUCCUGCCUUAAUAAAGGUGUUGGACAGACUAAUAUUAUAUUUGCGAAUUGUCCAUUCCGUUGAUUAUUAUAAUCAUUGCGAAUAUCCAAAUGAAGAUGAAAUGCCAAAUAGAUGUGGCAUAAUGCAUGUUAGAGGAUCUCCACCUACAGCCAAAAUUGCUAGUGCCGAAUUAUCGGAAUAUUGUCGUAACUUUGAAAGUAAAAUGUCUGCUUUCUUACAACCUGUUGCAACUUUAUCUGCCGAAGAGUUUGACAAACUAGGUGCGAAGAAUGCUGAAGCUGAAGUUGAAAAGUUUGUACAAGCUAAUACUCAAGAAUUAUCAAAAGAUAAGUGGUUAUGUCCUCUUAGUGGAAAGAAAUUUAAAGGACCCGAUUUCAUUCGAAAACAUAUUUUUAACAAACAUUCUGAGAAAGUUGCUGAAGUUAAAGCCGAAGCCGAAUAUUUUAAUAAUUAUUUGAAAGAUCCGAAGAGACCUCAACUUCCUGAACACCCUGGUAACAAAACUCCACUGAGAGAUGGACCACGCCACAGUUUUCCACCAUAUGGCUGUAGUUCAUUUGGAAGUUACGGUGGUGAAUAUGGUGGUAGCAGAGGUGGUUAUGGUUCUGGCUACAGUGGUGGAUUUGGCGGAGGCUUCGGCAAUCCACGUCCUAAUCGUGGCGGUUUCAACCGAGGACGUGGCGGUAGUAGUGACUUCCGACCAGUCAUACAUUAUCGAGAUCUCGAUGCACCACGAGAACCGGACGAAUUCCUAUAAGAUGAUCAAGUUUACCAGAUGGACUAUCAAUAUAAAGAUAUGGUUAUGUUGCUUAAAACCGUUUGCUCUAUUUUAACAUCAUCGAUGUUAAAAUAAUUAUAAACACAUGAAUACAAAUUAUGUACAGGAUAUGAGAUGUUAUAUGUUUUACAUAUCAAAUCGACUUCAUAUAUUUCUCAACAAUAAUUAUAUUUAAACAAAAUAUGCACUAUAAAUUAGUAAACUAUUAUGUGCUUUUUUGUUUGUUAGAAUAUAUAAUGCAAUGCUAUAUACUUACUAUAUUUUAUGUGUGGAUAAAGGUAAAUUGCAAACAAAUGUAAACCAGAUUUCAUAAU